CUACGCCAAUCGAGCUCGAAAAUGUUUAGGAGUGUUGAGCGAGCUCGGCGCUUCGGGGUAUUUUCUGAGGAGGAAAAAAUAAAAACAUACCCGUGAUAAACUCUUGCGAAAAACAAGAAAGAACAAACCCCGUUGAUUGUGUUUCCCAACACUUGUGUUUGGUGUCGAAGUUUGAAUCUAAGGUUCAGUCCUGAGGGAAAGUUUGGUGGUUAUUAUUUUCCCGGAGUGAUGUCGAAUCCUGGCACACGAAGGAACGGGUCGAGCAUCAAAAUCCGUCUGACAGUAUUAUGUGCCAAGAACCUGGCAAAAAAGGAUUUCUUCAGGUUACCUGACCCUUUUGCCAAAAUAGUAGUAGAUGGAUCAGGUCAGUGCCAUUCAACAGACACAGUGAAGAGCACACUGGACCCAAAGUGGAACCAGCACUAUGAUCUAUAUAUUGGAAAAACAGACUCGAUCACCAUCAGUGUAUGGAAUCACAAGAAAAUCCACAAGAAACAGGGAGCUGGCUUCCUGGGCUGUGUGAGACUCUUAUCCAAUGCGAUCAGCAGGCUAAAGGACACUGGCUACCAGCGUUUGGAUCUAUGCAAAUUAAACCCCACUGACAGCGAUGCAGUACGUGGCCAAAUAGUAGUAAGUUUACAGACUCGGGACAGGAUAGGCACUGGAGGAGCUGUUGUAGACUGUAGAGGACUUCUAGAAAAUGAAGGCCCAGUUUUUGAAGACUCGGGGCCCGGAAGACCGCUUAGCUGUUUCAUGGAGGAGCCGUUACCAUACACAGACAGCACUGGAGCCGCAGGGGGAGGGAACUGCCGCUUCCUGGAAUCGCCCAAUCAGGAGCAGAGGCUUCAGGCACAACGCCUCCGAAAUCAAGACACCAGAGGUCACGCACACACCCCUCAGAACCGGCCACACGGGAGCCAAUCCCCCGACCUGCCUGAGGGUUACGAACAAAGGACGACAGUACAGGGCCAGGUUUACUUUCUACAUACACAGACUGGAGUCAGUACCUGGCACGACCCAAGAAUACCAAGGGUUAAUAACGGUUUGCAAUGGUAUUUCCGCAGGGACCUCAACAGUGUCAGCUGCGAAGAUUUAGGUCCUCUGCCUCCAGGGUGGGAGGUCAGAAGUACAGUUUCGGGAAGGAUAUAUUUUGUGGACCACAAUAACAGAACAACACAAUUCACAGACCCAAGAUUACACCACAUAAUGAGUCAGCAUUCUCAGGUAAAGGAAUCCGGCCAGCAGCUGCCUGUGCAGACUGAGGUUCCUCCAGAGGAUGGAGAAGGAGAGCUCCCUGUACGCUAUGAGAGGGACUUGGUGCAGAAACUGAAAUUGCUAAGGCAUGAGCUCUCAUUGCAGCAGCCACAAGCCGGUCACUGUCGCAUUGAGGUAUCCAGGGAGGAAAUUUUUGAGGAGUCUUAUAGACAGAUCAUGAAGAUGCGGCACAAAGACCUGAAGAAAAGACUGAUGGUGAAGUUCCGGGGAGAAGAAGGACUGGACUAUGGUGGGGUGGCAAGGGAGUGGUUGUAUCUCCUGUGUCAUGAAAUGCUAAAUCCGUAUUAUGGACUGUUCCAGUAUUCCACGGAUAACAUUUACACGCUGCAAAUAAAUCCGGACUCCUCUAUUAAUCCGGAUCAUUUGUCAUAUUUCCACUUUGUUGGGCGGAUAAUGGGCCUGGCUGUUUUCCACGGACACUACAUUAAUGGAGGUUUUACACUGCCUUUCUAUAAGCAGCUGCUGGGUAAACCCAUACAGCUGUCUGACCUGGAAACUGUGGAUCCGGAGUUACACAAAAGCUUAGUGUGGAUUCUUGAGAAUGACAUCACCCCAGUACUGGAUCAUACUUUUUGUGUAGAGCAUAAUGCAUUUGGUAAAUUUCUCCAACAUGAACUCAAACCAAACGGAAGAAACAUUCCGGUAACUGAGGAGAACAAGAAGGAAUAUGUAAGAUUAUACGUGAACUGGAGGUUUAUGAGAGGGAUUGAGGCUCAGUUUCUAGCCUUGCAAAAAGGAUUUAACGAGUUGAUUCCACAGCAUUUGUUAAAGCCCUUUGAACACAAGGAACUAGAGCUAAUCAUCGGAGGCCUGGGUAAGCUAGAUCUCAACGACUGGAAGGCCAAUACCCGGCUGAAGCACUGUGUGGCUGACAGCAACAUGGUCAAGUGGUUCUGGCAGGCAGUGGAGUCGUUUGAUGAGGAGAGGAGAGGGAGGCUGCUGCAGUUCGUUACAGGCUCCACCCGCGUCCCGCUGCAGGGGUUCAAAGCACUGCAAGGUUCUACAGGUUCCGCAGGACCCAGACUCUUCACUAUCCAUCUGAUCGAUGCCAACACAGACAACCUGCCUAAAGCCCACACUUGCUUUAAUCGGAUUGACAUUCCGCCGUAUGAAACUUAUGAAAAGCUGUACGAGAAACUUCUGACUGCCGUGGAGGAGACCUGCGGCUUUGCCGUAGAGUGAAGAGGAGGCCAGCACGUGCUGCUUGAGCAGUAACCAAAACUAGAAGAGGAAUGGCCUGUGAGCUUCCUGCCGAGCACUGUAGUGAGACGACAGUGGAAGUUACGCCUGGGAUAGAAACCAGCACCCAAUGACACAGAGCAGCUCUCCUGAGGGAUAAAGUAAUCGCUGUGGAUGGCUACAAAUUGAAACCCUUUCUAAGAAGAGAUUUAUUAUUAUUUAUUUUUUUCUUGGUGUAGUUUGAGGCUGCUUUUAAGAUGGAAGGUUUAACUAAUGCGCUUCGGUUCUGAAAGCUGAUCAGUGUGGAUUAGGUUAUGGAAGGCUUGGUUUCUUAUCCUUAAGCAUCUAUACUAGUUUGGGCUGCUAAACUGCAUUCAUUGCAUAACAGAACCACCCGCAUAAAUCUAUUUUAUAAAAUCAAAUGUAGGUCCUAAAAAAAAAAAAAACUUUUGAUUUAACUGUCUGAAUAUGGAUCCGAUCUAGAGGUAAUGCCCUUGUUAAUCUCGAUAUUUAUUAUUAACACUUUAUUACUGUUUUAUUUUUUAAUCAUAAAUGAUUGGAUCAUUUUGGGCUGAUGAACAGAUAUCCAUUUCUUGUCUUAUCUGUUUCUUCUGGUUACCACGGUGACAUGCAUUGAUUGGUUCCAUGAACUCCUAUAUUUUUAAAAUAAAUAAAAUACAAUAUUAAAGCCGGAAGAAAAUCAAAUGAAACAAUGAAUAUACAAUAAUCUGGUACAUGAUAGUACAGGCCUGCCUGGGACCUCCUUACUGGCCUACUUUUAUGAAAGUUUUGGCAGCCCAAAUUGUAUUGUGGCUAACUUUAGUACUUACGGUGGGGGAGAGAAAAUCGCACACUAAACUACUCCUUGUGUUUUUCGUCAGAAGCAAUGUGCACCUUUGCAGGAAUCUCACAGUUUUAAGUCAAGUAGGAAGCUUUUUUUUAAUUUUGUAAAUAUUUUUUUGUUUCCCAAGAUUUUAUGCUUGAAACUUUAUAUGAUGAUUUGCACAUAGGAACAGUCCUAGUCCCCACUUUUUUUUAAUACAUUAUAUACUUUUUCAGUAAGUUGUACCAUAAGAGAGAGAAUGCACGAUUGGAAUGUUAUGACAGAUAACUUAUGCGGGAGAUAUGAAUGAAUACAGAUCCAUAACUAUAAAGUUAAUUCAUUUGAAAGAAGAGGUUGAAGCAGUUGUGUAAAAGUGGAGCUACUGAAUAUACACAUUUUAAAAGAUGUCUGGCCUUACAAUAUUUUAUAGAGAUAAUCAACCAUUUAUGUUUUAGCAGUUUUGAGGACGAGAGUACUGACUGAUGGACUGAGUGUAUGUUUAUUUAUAUAAGAAUUAAAGUGGCCGCUACUAACUCUAAUCCAAGCAUUUAAAUGGUAGUUGUUAAGUAAUGUUUCUACACAAUAUAUAGUAACAAAAGACCUUUGUGCUUGGUCGGCUGUCUGACCUGAAGUGAAGAUCGAUAAAGGAGAUGAAUAGCAGUACCUUGGUUACAUUUGUUGAUAAUGUAGGUGUUUAUUUUUGUAUUUUCUAUUUGCACAAGAAAGAAAAAGUCGGCAGUAUUUAAAAACUUUUGGUGUGUAGUCUUAAGUGUCAUCAUCAACUGUGUGCCUGAUUUGUUUACUACGUUGCUGGGAGACAGACAUGAUUACAUACAAUAUAACAAACAGAUCUUACAUUUCCACUUAGAUGGGUUUUGUAGCAUUUUCUACAAAUCAUCUCUAAACCAUUUCGCUACAGCUCUGAUGAAUAUAUUACCUUAAGUUUUGGUUCAAAACAAAUUCCUAUGGUGUUUAUGCUGUGGGUGUGACUGUAGAAGUGAUUAAUACUGGGCACAGGUCUCCUACUUUUCCUUGUAAGAUGCAUGCCAUUGUGUUAAAUCCCUGAAAUGCAUGAAGCACACAUCACCCACUUUUAAAAGAUUAAACGUUUAUGCGUCACUUUCAUUAUCUUUUUAUAUGUCUGCUCGGUGUAGCAUAAUUGAUGCUGCAAUAAUUAUAAUUUAAUUACAUCCAUACACGUUACUAUACAAGAAACGUAGCAAUAAAAUUAAGCAAAGGUUUUGAUGAGGUUUGUCUUGUGAAUGCAGUGCACAUCAUUUUUGUUUAAUUGUCCAUCUUGAUGUAAGAUGAUGUAAGUAUUUGUUAGUACGGUAACUUUAAUUACUACACCACCCUCCCAAAUAUGAUUAAUAUUUUAAAUAUAUAGAAAGUCUUCCGUCAAUUUGGUAUUUCAAUCUAAUGGGAUAGGGAGAACGUACUAAAGGAGGUCUAAGUUUUCAAUACAGUGCUUGAAUUGCAUGGCACCAUGUUAUCCUCUUUUCAGAUAUAAAAAAUGAGCCAACUUUUCGUUAAGUUUUCCUCAACCACUUGAUGUAUUUUAAAAAAUAUAUAUAUAUUUAUUACUAUGUAAUGUCCUUUUUUUUUAUUGUAUUGCUGCUAUUAUUGUUCCCAUCUUAUUUGAAAGCUGAUUUUAUUAUUUGUGAAAGCUGUACACUAAUCUCUUUAUUUUAUGUAUAAAUGAAAGUAUUUAAAAAAUGCUGCUAUUAAACUAGGUAAUGAUAGAACUUUAUUGAGAUGAUGGUUGGAAUUAGCAGUGAUUGAGGCUAGACCCCGGAGGUCACAUUCAUGUUUGUGAUAUAUGCAAUAAAAACUGACAACUUUA